AUGUCCACCCUCGCGCGCACCUCAUCCUCCGCCACGCCUACCGACCCCACCUCGUCUCGCCACAAACCCUCCUCUUCCAGCUUCUCGACCGACUCGAGCGCUCGCCAGACCGGCGCGCAGUCGAGCAUGCAGCCCCCAGCACCGCCAACCACCGCCGCCAACCCAGCUCCGCCGCUAGGCGCCGACCCGGGCGGCUUCUCGGCGUACGCCGGCGCCGCCGCACGUCUCGCCCUCCCCACGCCGUCCGCCUCGGGCUCGAGCUCGAACUCGUCGGCGGAGCGCGUCGCGCCUCGCGAGCGCAGCCGCAGCUCGUCGACCGUCGGGCCCUCGAGCGAGGCCGGGCCCUCUCGAGCGGGUCCCGGCCCUCGGUCCAGCGGCGUCCUCGACCUCACGUCGUCGUCGCCGCCCGCCUCUGCUCGACGACGUGCCCUGCCGGCUGCAGCCGUCGCCGCAGGGCUCGUCCUGCCCGGUGCGCCCGCGCCCGCCGCCGACCGUGCAUCGGGCUCGCCCGCCGUCGCGUCGACCAGCGCCGACGCUCGCCCUGGGCGGCGAGUCGCCUUCAGCUUCGGUGCGCCGAGCGCCAGUACCAGCGCCGCAGCAGGAGGCGCCGUCACGCUCUCGUCCGGGUCCGAGUCGUCCGACUCGGACUACGAGCCUCCUGCGCCGCGCCACACAGGCGGGCCGACCGCCGGGCCGUCACGCCCCUCGCGUGCCGGUCCCUCGACAUCAGCGUCGGGCGCCGUCCUCGUCGCCGACACCGACUCGGACUCGGACGUCGAGAUCCUCUCGGUCGGGCCCGUCCGUCCCGGUCCACCCGCGCGCCAGCCCGGCUUCAACGACGUCCUCGGCUCGCCGCCGCCGUUCGUCGUCCCGACCGGCGCGACGCGCGUGCGCCGCUCGGCGAGGCGGCAUGGGCCCGCGUCGGGCUCGGCCUUGGGCUCGGGCGCGGCCGGCACCGACGACCUCGACGCCGCCACGGCCCGCGCGCUCGCCGCAGCCGACCUCGACGCUGCCGGGCGAGUCGGCGACAACUCGAUCGACUACGUCGCAGCGCAGGCGCUCGCGUACGCCCAGGCGCGCCGUGCGUCAGAGCGGUCCACGGCCGGCGGCGGCGGCGCGCCGAGCCCGUUCUCGUUCGGCGGCAGCUCGAGCGGGCCCGGGCGCUCUGGCCGCGGUGGCGCUGCCGCAGGGCGCAGCUUCUCGUUCGGCGCGGCGUCGUCGGCUGCGGACGCCGCCGAGGCUCUCGCCGCGCGCAACGGUUGGGGCUUCUUCAGCGCGUCGGGCGGGCUCGGCGGCAGCCAAGGCGCGCGCGAGAUCCUCGACACCAUGCGCCUUGUGGGCUCGUGGGCCGACUUGCCGUCGUAUUCGUACGGCGGCGGCAUGUUCACGUUCGGCGGCGGCGGUGGGCCGCCGGGAGGAUGGGGCGGCGCGGCCAAGGUCAAGGCGGCGAGCAAGAAGUACGCGCUCAAGCUGAGCCACCCGGACAAGGUCGAGUCGGGCUUCUCGCGCGACAUUGUCGAGCCGCCCGACCCGGACGCGGCCCCGCCGCCGGCCAAGAAGACCAAGCGCGCCGCCGCCGCCCGCCCGCCGCCGGUCGAGCUCGAGCCCGUGUGCGCGAGCUGCCUCGAGACGUUGCGGCUCGGCGGCGAGGGCCCGCGCAAGGUGUUUGCGCUGCGGUGCGGCCACGCCGUGUGUGCGCGCUGCCUCGACGAGGCCAAGGCCAGGUGCCAGGCCAUCGCCGACGCCGAGGCGGGCAAGGCGAGCGCGGCAGCAGCAGAGUCGGCGGCGGGGUCGAAGGGCAAGGGCAAGGGCCGGGCCAAGGCGUCGACGAGCAAGAAGGGCAAGGGCAAGGCUCGAGCGCAAGCCGACGAGCCGCUCGACCUCGCGUCCGACUCGGACGCGACCGUCGGCGCCGACUCGGACGACGACGACUACCCGCCCUCGACGUCGACCCGCACCAAGACGAGCAGCAGCACGGCGGCGGCGGCCAAGAGCAAGGGCAAGGGCAAGGGCAAGGGCAAGGCGCGCAGCCGGGCCGACGAGACGGGCGUCGAGGAGGACUGGACGACGUGUCCGGUCGCAGGGUGCGACGGGCGAGGGACCGACCUGCUCGCCGUCGACGGAUGGGCGAGGCCGUUCGAGCUCUACGCGUGAGCAGGGACGCGCGAGAGCGAGGGCGAGAGACCGGGCAAGGAGGGUCAGGUGCAACGUUGUUGGUGUCGUUCCUCG